AUGCCAGAAAUUGACCCCACUGAAUUUGUACAGGUCGAGGGUGACCAGCAAUCACUUCAGUUCCAAGACCCAAAGCAACAGGGAAACUUUGAGUUGGGUGUUUGUAUGGCCAUCUACAAAUGGGAUGAAUUAACUACAGCCGUGGACAACUCAUGGGGUGGACCUUGUUCAGCAGACAAAAGAGACUGGAUCUCUGGUGUCGUAAUUGACUUGUUCGAAGAAAAAAUUGUCGAUGUUGCUUUAAUUGAGGAAACACUCUUGUAUGCUAUGGUUGACGAGUUUGACACUGAGAUUGACAAUGAUUCUGCGUUAGAAAUUGGUGACUUGAUUAUGAAGAUCUACAAAGACUGCGCAAUUCAGUCGUAUGAUCGCGUAGACCAAUUGUAUGCUCGUUACCAGGAAAAGGAAGCCAAUGGUGCUUCGAAGUUGCAAGUCAAAGUUGGCAGUGACCCAAACAAUCCCGAUAGCUCUGAAGACGAAUCUGAUGAGGAGGAUGAAGUUCCACAAUUGCAAGAAGAUGAUAUGGCUGUUGAUGAACCUGAGGUUCAAGGUCCAAUUGUAGACGAUGACGGGUUCGAGCUUGUCCAGAAGAAGGGAAGAAGAAGAUAG